AUGGGGAGAACGCCACGCUUUGAUCACUCCAAGGACUUCAGUAAUAUGCCGUUUUUGUUGAAACAACCUACUGUCGAAGAGCUCAAGAAGAUGAAAACCACAGUGGUCACGCUCAAGCUUGCAAACGAACAAGUCCAGAAGCUGAUAAAGAGGGCCAAUCAGGACCGUCAGAUCAGUACUACCCUCGAAACAUCACGACCUUAUACGCGGUACGAGGUCUUAACGACUCAUAUUUGGAGGUGUUCAACUAAGGCGAGGAAGCACCAGAGGGAACAACCCACAGCGUGCGCCAUAACAAUCGACUCACGAAAGCGCCUUCAGCCGCCGUUACCAUUUUCGUACUUCGUUAAUGGAGCUUUCGACGUAAUGGCGAGCUGUACCUCUGGAGAUUUGUUGUCUAAGUCGUUAGGUUUCGGAACGAGUAAAUUACGCUCGGCAAUUGAGAUGGUGACAAACGACUAUAUUUUGUCAGCAAUUGACUUCCUAAAAAGUCAACAAGACCUGACCGAAUUCCAGUGCUCAUAUAUAUCGUCAACUAAUGGAGGAGGCAAAUACUAUGGGGUUUGA